UGACAAGCUGUUUCAGGACCUCAGAGGGCGCAACUUUGGAUCAGCAGCAGAGCUGCUGCGUGCCAAGGCAGUGGAGAUGAAGUCAGAGUAUGCCAACCUCAGGCAGCGCCCUCAGAGAGACGCAUCGCCACUGUGCUCUGCUGUGCCUGGUGACCAGGGAGCUGCCUCUGCUGCUGGCUCUGGUGGCGAGCAGACGGUAUCAGAGCUCAAGGACUUUGUCAAGAAACUCAACGUGCUGCCAGAGCUUACA